AUGUUCUAUCCAGUUGAACUGCUUUCCCAUCGACGAAGGGGCAAAUUAGCUCCUUGUUGGCUCGCUGCAACGGUCAGCGAGAAAUUAUUUAAAAGACACUAUAAUUCUGGUGCUAUAAAGAAGAUAAAUACUGUAGAAACUUGCGAGCAAAUUUUGGAAAUAAUGCAGUUGCGCAACAGAUCAGAUAGAUUUAGCUUAUAUCUGUCAUCACAAUUAAUGUGCGGCAUAACAAGAAUUCAUCGUUUACAAGUUGCACAUUAUCAGAAGGAAGUUUUUGAAAUGCAACAAAAAUUUGACUCUGGCGGGUUGAAGAAUAAAGAGUAUGAGUAUGACGCAGUUAAGGAUCUUGAAUUGUGUGCAAUAGAUGUGCCUAUUUCCACUCAAAACUUUCCUAACGCUCAAUUAGAAAUAGACUUACACUUACUUCCGGACGAAGAGAUUGAUGAAAGACAACGGACAAUUGUGAAAGAUGCAGCAUGUUGUGAUUUUGGUGCCUUAAAUGACGAAGAGUUGGACUUUAUGCUUAAACAUGAUUUCAAUCUCGCACUUGACCAGAUGCAUGAACUACAGACAGCAAAGGAAAGAUCAGCAUUCUCAAAGAAGACAGCUGAUGAUGUAACAAUAGAAGAGAUCCAAGAAAAACAGUUAUCUCAGGAAACCCGUGGUCCAGUACUUCUGGAUAUAUCGGAAAGAAAGAAGUCCAAAGAGGGACUGUUAUUAACUCCACAAAAACGACAGCCACAGCAAAUGCAAAAGGUGGAAACGCCUACGAAGAGAAGACGUUUAUUCUCUGACACUGCAUCGGCGACUGAUGUACCCCCUGUAGAAGAUGUGGCAGUACCUCCUGCACCUGUAGAAGACGUGGUAGUACCGGCUGAAUUGCCUAGAGAAGAAACGAGAAUGUUGGUUCUUCCACAGCAAGAGGAAACUGACAUGGAAUUGGAAUCAUUAGAUUCAAGCUACUUUGUGAUCCGCAGUCAUUCGAAGAAAAGCAAAAUUAUUGAUAAAAAAACAGAGUUAAGUGACAAACAGCUUCAGAAAUGGCGUCAGAAUGUAAACAUUCAUUGCAAGAAAUUGGAUAAACCAUUAACAAAAAAUUUAUCGCUGACACCGGCGAUAAAUCUUUUCAACCAAUCUUCGCACUCACCUAGGCGAUGGAACAAAAGUUUACGCAGUCGCUUUGCUGCUCGCAUCGCUGGGCCGUUCAAGAAUGUAAAUGAAGAUGUUGCAUUUGCUGAAUUUACGCAAUUUUUUGAAAAAAUGCAUGUAGAAGAGACAGUUAGCAGGCUAGAUCUUCCUGCAGAAGAAGCAAGUACAUUCCAAAAGACGGAAAUGGCAAUUGCUGCCGAAUCCGGAGAUAGUGUUACAAGCCUCUUAACAGAGAAAACUAUAAUUUACGAAACUAUGGACGUAUCAAUGGUACCAUUACCGAAAGAGGUACCGGAAGCGAUUGUCUUAGAAGAAGGCACUAGCAUCGUUGAACAGAGGCCGGAUCAGGAAAGAAUAAAUAUAAGUAAUGAUGAAUGCUUUGAAGAUAUAGACAUUUUAUUAGAAAGACAGCGACAAUCUCCGAAAACGGCGAAACACAUUCCAGUACCUUCUACCAUACCUUCUACCAGCAGUUCAAGCGGACACUCGCAACCUGCACUGACAAGCCAAGAGAUUUUGGCGCUAUUAGAAGUUGUCUGGCAUGACAAAAAAGCUGUCAAAUUUAGUGAACUUAUUUCACCGGACACGUACACGAGAGAGGAUGCUGCUACUGCUUUUGAAAUACUUCUUG